GCCGUUAAGGACCCGGUUGACCUCAACCCGACCCGAGUAACAGUGCAUAAAGAGAAAGUUGUUAAAUCAGCAAGCGGCCAGACAACCGUUGGGAUAGAUCCACAGGUGUUGAUUCUUCUUCAGCAGUCGGAAUCAUUUUGGACUAAUCGCUUGAACAAACUUUUGAAAUGGGAAGCUAGUGUUUCGGAGCUUGAGCUAUUUGAAAACAUGAACAUUUGUUUAAUUGAAUACAAUCUUGUCCAAGUAACAUGUCCAACUGUUACGAGAACAGAAUUAACCUUAAUCGUCAUUAAGUAUUAAUCAGUGUGUAUCAUUACUCUUAGUCAGAGAAAAGUGUUGAGAAAAUCUAGCAGCUACCUUAAACGUGUAUCAAGUAUUAAUCAGUGUGUAUUAUUACAAAUAGUCUGAGAGAAGUGGCUAGUGUCAUGUUCGUUGGUGUUGUGAAAAUCUAGCAUCUACUUUUG